AUGGCCAAAACCAAAAAGCCUGCCGUCAACUCUCUUUCACCUCCCAAAAAAGCUGCCAUCAACUCUCUUUCACCUCCCAAAAAAGCUGCCGUCAACUCUCUUUCACCUCCCAAAAAAGCUGCAGUCAACUCUCCUUCACUUCCCAAAAAAGCUGUAGUCAACUCUCUUUCACCUCCCAAAAAAGCUGUAGUCAACUCUCUUUCACCUCUAAGUUCAGACAGGAAAAUAAUCAAAACUAAAAAAGCUACAAAAAAACAUAAGCCAACUCCAACAUCUGUUGGAUCCGUCAAUUCCCUUUCACCAAAACUAACACCAACUACUGUUGCACAAACCAGAUCCAUCUCGCAUCUAAGCCUAAGUUCAGACGAAGAACAUGAUAUUUCUUCUCGAUCUGCAACUUCUAUUGCACAAACCAAAUCCGUUGGCAUUUCUUUUCAACCUGCCAGAUAUCAACCAACUUCAUCAACUUCUUUUACACAAACUAGAUCCGUUAAUUCUCUUUCACCUCUAAGCUCAGGCAGGGAGCAUGAAAAUCAGCAAAGUUGGAGGAAUAUCGACGAAAUUCUUGCAGUUCAAAGACAGCAAGAACACUCUAUUUCGACUAUGGAAAAUGCUUUAAAUAAUAUAUUAGCUUCAUUAGAAUCUUUAAAUAGUAAAAUUGACUCAUUAAGUCGGGCUAGAAGUCAGAGAGGAUUAGAAGUUGGUGAAACCUCAGCAGCUGCGCAACAAAGACCACAAUUUAAAAAUGAAAGAAAACGAAAAAAUGCACUUCGA